AUGUCGGAGCUGGCUGUCCCAAUACCGGUCUCUGCUAAUAUGCCCCGAUCCGAUAGACAAGCCUCAACAUCUCCAGAUCUCCCUGAUACACAAAGCCCACCAGACCAUACUAUGAAUAUCACCACAUCCCUAGACAUUCGCAGCGAUGCGGACACAAGCAGUUUGAGCGAUUUUGCUGAGGGCUCUGAGGAUCAUGAGGAUCCAGUUCCAUUCUCGAGCACCGCAUCAAACGUCGAAGAGAAUGAUUCGGAAGCAGAGACUGAGCGACUUGAAAACACCCCUCGAAAGCCGCUCGCCACAGGCCUCUAUAUCGCGAAUGUUGGAACAAAUCUGAGCAGACUCUCCACACCCACUCCUAUGGAAACAAGAUCACCUCCAGAAUCGCCCAUUACGCCUGUAGAAGAGACCAAAGUUCCGACAUUGGACGACAAGGGCGGCGAUGAGCACGCUCUGGGCGUUCAGCAGAGCCUCGCAACAAUAUCAGAAGCAGCUCCUAUGGUAGACAAUUCCAGUCGCAAACGAAAAAGAUCAACACCAGAAGAUCAAAAACGCCCAGCCACAGGUUCUGACGAGCCAGCGCCCAAGCGAAGUGGAUCUUUCAGGGCCGAUCUGAACGGAAACAAGUCACACAUCAUGAAUACCUUCGCAGACGUAGAAGUACCAGAUGAUACAGGCGAGCAUGAGCAUACUACACGGCCUACAGAGGAUCCAGAAGUCGAACUAGGUGAGGACACCACGGAGACCGCAGAGGAAGUCGCAGAGACGGCAACAAGACUUCCAAGAAGUCGCAAAGGCAAACGGAAGGGCAAGAAAAUUGUCGAAACUACAGAAAAGGAACCCCCCUUGGACUCUGGCGAUAUCCCUGAUGUAGAAGAUGCAGAUAAUGGUGAAGAGGAGGACGAUGCCGCUUUGGACGAAGAACUCGCUAAGAAGAAAGACGCAAUGGACAAACUGAGUUCUAUCAGAGAGAAGUUCAUAGUGUUUCGCGAAAAGGUCCUAGAAGAGCAACUGAAUAACGUCAAUCUCGAAAUCGAAUCCCUUGAAGCCGCCGAACCCACACAUACUGAUUUCCUAGCCAUGUUAAAGUGUAUUGACGAGAGACGGGACGAAAAAAUUGCCCACGAAAACAAACUCCUCUCAUAUAAAGUAAAAACACUAAAAAGAACUACAAUCGCAGAACGACACCAGAUACAAAGUCAGUAUUUUCAGUCCGUGCGGGAUAUCAAGGAUCGAUCCAUGGAGGCCUGUCAAAAGCGGCUGAAUCAGUUGCAAAAAGAAAGGAGGCGUGUAGGAACUGAAGAGGUGGACUAUGCCUUACUGUUCAAUCCCAAGCGAUCCGACCAGAUUAGACAUCAAACAGCCAUUAACCGCGAGGUAUCGAUUUUGGCUGGUGUUGCGAAAUACCGUGGCUUCCCCGCGGCGCCCGAUGUAACGGUCGCGAGAGACUCUGAAGUUGAUGAUGAUCUCAAGGCUAUGAAUAUACAAAAAGACCCAGUUACACAGACCGCUAUGAACGCCUAUCCUGCGAUUGUUUCCAAUACUAUGAGGGCGGGCAAUCAAGUGGCGGAUGAGUCAUUCCUUCAGAGAAACCCUUGGGCAAAUCCACAACAUCCUGCACAUCAAUUACAAGCCAACAUCGCAACAUCUUCACAUCCACGCUUCAAUCCUCUAGUCACGCCAGCCAGUCAAAAACGUACAGUCGAUAUCACCGCUCCAAAUGGCUCGGUUUCAACCAUUGAAGCGGCGUCCAACCCUCCGUCUUCAGCAGCCGGACCUGGGCAGAAUGGCUCGGAACCUGUCAGAGCUCGCAAGAACGAGUCAAGCUCACCAAUCUUGCCUUUCAAGCGACCAAGUAAUCACGAGACGCCCAGAAUGACACCUUCGGCUUCACGUGCAUAUUCGAACAAUUCGUCUCCAGUCCCAAACAACUGGAAGAACAGUCACAAGGACAGCACAGUCGAAUAUUCCUAUGCAAGUCCUAUGACAAAUAAAGGCACGGACAAUCAGCGCACUUUUGGCCUUGCCAAUGCCGCUGCGUCAGCCAUGGCGGCCGGCCAUGAACAUCCACUUGGGGGAUCCUCGCGCAACAAGACGCCUAUGGGACAAAGAAGCAGCGGGCUGAGUGUUGGAACCGCUGGGAAUAGUGCUUUUGGACGAUAG